AUGAAGAGCUCAAUCGUCCUGGUCUCCUGUCUGCUCCUGCUGUGCGCAGGACCAACCCUAGGAAAAGAUAAUAAAAAGGAAAAGAAAAAAACACACAAGGGUGAUGCUGAUAACAACUACAAUGAUGAGCUCAAAGCACUAAAAGAGAAAUUAGAAAAUUUAAAAUUUCAAAUGAAGGACGAUAAUUUGUCGAAGAAAAUCACCGAAGAUCAAAUUUUGACUUUAAAAAAAAAGUUGGAAGAAUUCAAAAAUUUAAAAAGCGACAAGGAAGCCAAGGGGCGUUCCCCGACGGGGCACACCUCGCCAGGGCACAAGGGCCAAUUGGGUCUUAGCGAUAAGAAGUUCGCCGGACAAAGCGUCAAGGCGAAUGAGGAACAAGCAUUGGAGAGUACGGGUGUCGUUAGUGGAGGCGGACCAAGUAAAGGCGACCAAGGAGUCACGGAACCAGCAGUUACUGCAGGUGCAACAGAUAAGGUAAAUGAAUCACCUCCACAGAAACCCACAAAUGACGUGGUUGUUACAGAAGUGACGAGUGGUGCAAAUGCACAAGGACAAACGACUGGAGGAGGUUCAUCCAAUCCGACAGUUGUUCAAGGUAAAGGUGCUUCUUCCCCCAAAAGUGAACUCGCUGUGGAGGAGGCUUCGGGUGGGUUGAAAAAUUCUGCACAGCCCACAAAAGCAGCUGGGCCAGCUGGGCCUGUCGUGUCAACCGCUUCAACCGUGGCAGCCGCCCCGAACCAGAAGGUCAACUCCGCUGGGAAGGUCCAUCACUUGGACAUACUGUACGACGAGCUACUUGCAGGAGACAAUAAAAAAAAUAUGAUGGACCAAGGAACUCACCACAGUGCAUACAACAAUUUCAGGAAGCAAUACGACAACAUUGUCCUAAAUCAGACUGAGUACGACAUCAGCCUGAAGCUUCUCGACACCAUGUUAUCAAGUGGAAAGUUGGGAGCCGAAAAGACAAAUGCGCUAAAGGAGACGUUUGAGAAAGCCAUGUACGAUAAGAAGUACAGUGAGAAGUUCAAUAAUCUCAUCUCCGGAGUUUAUGGGUUCGCCAAGAGAAAUAAUUUUUUGGAUGGUAACAAGGUGAAGGGGGGACAUUACAACAAGCUGUUCGAUUAUACAGGAAACCUGAUGAACACACUGCUACUUUAA